UGUUAUUUUUUGUUUUGUUUUACGAUUUCUAUUUUGUGGCAAUGUGGAUUGUUUACGCUUUGCUUGUGCAUGUGCUGCUAUUGGGUUCUAUAUUCGUGAUAUACUUCCGGUCACCUGUAAUAGAGGGACUGCAGCCACAGGCAGCGCUGAACGCUGAGUCGCCAGCUGAUCGUCUAGUUUUAAUAGUGACUGAUGGAUUGCGGGCUGACUCAUUUUUUGCAGACAACUGCAACCAUGUGCCGCACCUGCGCCAGAUAUUCGAACGCGAGGGAAUAGUGGGAGUGUCCCGCACCCAUGUGCCGACUGAAUCAAGGCCAGGACACAUAGCCCUGAUAGCCGGACUCUACGAGGAUCCGUCUGCGGUGACUCGUGGCUGGAAGGAGAAUCCCAUUGAAUUCGAUACGGUGUUCAAUAGGAGUGGCCACACAUACGCAUGGGGUGCCCACGAUGUGUUGCACAUAUUUGAGAAGCUGGCCGAUGGAGGACGGCCAAUGCACUUUGAUGCCUAUAACCACGACCUCGACUUCUCGGGUCAACACAAGACUUUUAAGCUGGACGAGUGGGUGUUCGACAGGGUGCGGUUGCUGCUUGAUCGCAAGCAGGAAGAGUUGCGCCAUGCCAAGAAGGUUGUGUUCUUUUUGCAUCUGCUGGGACUAGAUACGGCCGGCCAUGUGCAUAAGCCGGAUACUCCGCUUUUCCUAGAGAACCUUCAAUUUACAGAGCACGGAAUAUGGCAGAUUUAUCAGCGAUUUGAAGAAGUAUUUCCCGAUAAGCGGACGGCCUACUUGCUAACAUCGGAUCACGGCAUGACGGACUCAGGUUCUCACGGAGCUGGUGCAGCACAUGAAACGGACACACCCUUCAUGCUGUGGGGCGCAGGCGUGAAGCGCAGUGCCUCACCGGAUAACAGCUUUGUGGCCAACGAUGAGGGCCAGAGAUUGCCGCUACACGAGCUGGAACAAGCCCAGCUGACACCAUUGAUGUCAGCUCUAAUUGGUUUGCCACCGCCGAUGAAUAACUUUGGGGUCCUUCCUUUGGGCUAUAUAAAUGCUGGGGAUAAGUACGAGGCCAUCGCAGCUCACAGCAAUGCACUGCAGCUGCUCGCCCAGUAUAUGCGUCUGCAGGAACAGCACCAGAUGGGUCUCUUUACGCCGUAUCUGAGCAGCUUCCAGAAGCUGACGCUGCAUGAGAUUAAUGCCUUCAAAGUCCAAGAGUAUGAGCCAUCAUUGAGCAACAGUAUCGCCAUGAUGAAACUGGCUCUGGAAGGCAUUGACUACUAUCAUGGAUACUAUCGCAAUGUCAUGCUGUUGUGCACCACGGCCACUUUUGUGGGCUGGAUGCUCUACUUGUACCGCCUGUUAAUCCAUAAUGCAUCACCAAGGAAAGUGUCGGGGGAUGCAAACGAGCAUAAGCAUAUCCAUUUAUCGCUCAGUAUAUCUAUUGCUGCUGUACUCUUGACGGGCUUCAUUGUGGGCCAACUCGUACCGUUCUCCGUGGGCUUUUAUAUGCUGCUGCCGUUGCCAGUCUGGCUGCUGGCCCUACGGCAAGCUGCAGACAGCAACGGGAACGUUGUCGAUGUCGGAACAUAUCGCCUUCCCGCAAUUACGCGACCGACACAAGUAUCCAAGAUACAGGUGCUAUUACUCAUUGCCUGCGCGGAGCUGCUGGUCUUCACAUUCUUCGAGCGUCGUUUGAUUUCGCUGUGCUUCGUUGCCUUUGCCUGUGGCAGCAAUUGGGGCACCUUCAAGCGCAACACGGCCCUAUUCUACAAAUGGCUGCUCUUGGUUCUAGCACUGGGCUGCUUCCCGCUGCUGCCACCUUCAGUCGGAUAUCAGAAUCGAUAUCUUCUACUGGCCGGAAUACUACUCGUCUUGGCUCGGGCAGUGCUGAGCAAUGGGAGCCGAAGCUACAGCUGGCACACCAAGUGGUGCAACCCACUGAUUCUACUAAACACCGCCUUGUGUGUCCACCUGCAUAGCCAGCAGAUAGCCGUGCCAUUACCACUGAAGCUAGCCAAUUGGGUGUAUUUAAUCUACGCCAUUGUGUCCAUACAGCGUAGCAAGGAGACAUCGUUGGAGGUGCGCCUAGGACAGAUAUCCUACAAUGUAGGCACACUCUACACGAUGCUAUGCACCUCGUAUGAGUCCCUGUUCGUGCAGCUGCUUGCCAUGGAACUGACCACGGCAUUAGCAGCACGGCGUGCAGAAAUGGACCCGCUACAGCAUCAGCAGAAAUCUCUUCAGUCAUCAUUACGUUUGGCCUUCACCGUCCUACUCUAUACAUUCUUCUCGCUCUUUGGCAGUGGCAACAUUGCAUCGAUCAGCUCGUUCGAUCCCAACAUUGCACGCUGCUUCCUCAGUCACUUUGCACCCUUUGUCAUAAUGUCACUGGUGCUGAUCAAGCUGCUCUUGCCCGUGGUGCUCAACCUGUCCGUUGUGUACACCUACUGUGACUACGCCCGCCAACAGGAGCGACAAAUAUUCAUAUGCCUGCUGAUCAUCUGCGACAUCAUGGGUCUAAACUUUUUGUUCCUGGUUCGCAAUACUGGCUCAUGGCUGGAGAUUGGCUCGUCUAUAUCGCACUUUGUUAUCAUGGAGGUCACUACACUUGUCCUACUGUUACUCAGCUAUGUUGCCAAGCUUAUGCUACGUCUCGCCAACUGCGAUCGCGUUGUGGCAAAGCGACACUGAUUCCAAACCAAAGUUAAUUUCAAUUGUAUUAAGUUAACAUUAGUAAAGAGAUUGUAACUCAAGAGGUUCUUUUGUAUACCAUAUGCCUUUUAGUUUGUUGAAAAUGCAAUACAAAGUUUAUGUAAUAGACAACGGGAGGUAUCUCUAGUCUCUUAAAAUGUUUAGUUAACAAAAUAUAUUAAGUUAUAUAGUAGAUUCUUUUCGAGUAAGGGUGUGCAAUAAAGACAUUUCACCUAUUUUGCCUAAA